AUGGCCUCGGAGGGCCUGACGGGAGCGCUGGCUGCCGUGCUGGCGGGCCAGGGGCCGAGCGUGCAGAGCUGCGACUCGGCGCCGGCCGGGGAGCCGCCGGUGCCCGUGCGGCUGCGGAAGAACGUGUGCUACGUGGUGCUGGCCGUGUUCCUCAGCGAGCAGGAUGAGGUGCUACUGAUCCAGGAGGCCAAGAGGGAGUGCCGGGGGUCGUGGUACCUGCCUGCGGGGAGAAUGGAGCCGGGGGAGACCAUCGUGGAGGCGCUGCAGCGGGAGGUGAAGGAGGAGGCGGGGCUGCACUGUGAGCCCGAGACACUGCUGUCCGUGGAGGAGCGGGGCCCCUCCUGGGUCCGCUUCGUGUUCCUCGCUCGCCCCACAGGUGGAAUUCUCAAGACUUCCAAGGAGGCCGAUGCAGAGUCCCUGCAGGCUGCCUGGUACCCACGGAGCUCCCUGCCCACUCCGCUGCGAGCCCAUGACAUCCUGCACCUGGUUGAGCUAGCCGCCCAGUAUCGCCAGCAAGCCAGGCACCCUCUCAUUCUGCCGCAAGAGCUACCCUGUGAUCUGGUCUGCCAGCGGCUUGUGGUCACCUUUACCAGCACCCAGACAGUGUGGGUGCUGGUGGGCACAGUGGGGAUGCCUCACUUGCCUGUCACUGCCUGUGGCCUCGACCCUGUGGAGCAGAGGGGUGGCAUGAAGAUGGCCAUCCUGCGGCUGCUGCAGGAGUGUCUGACCCUGCACCACUUGGUGGUGGAGAUCAAGGGGUUGCUUGGACUGCAGCACCUGGGCCGAGAUCACAGUGAUGGUAUCUGUCUGAAUGUGCUGGUGACUGUGGCUUUUCGGAGCCCAGGGAUCCAGGAUGAACCCCCAAAGAUUCGGGGUGAGAACUUCUUUUGGUGGAAGGUGACUGAGGAAGACCUGCAAAGCCAGCUCCUCAAGCGGCUUCAGGGAUCCUCUGUUGUCCCAGUGAACAGAUAG